AUGCUGCUGCCCCUGGCCUGCCUGCACGGCCGCGUCGCGCAGUGCCUCACCUCCCUCCUUCUGCUUCCAGAGCCGCUCCCGAAGCCCCGGCGCGGGGCAGGGGCGCGCGGGGCAGAGGCGCGCGGGGCAGGGGCGCCGACAUGCGCUGAGGCCGCCCCCGCCGCGCCGCCCGCGAAGAUGGCCGCGGAGCUCUACCCCCGCGCCGCCGCCCCGACCGCCACCGACAUCGCCAACAGCAACGCCGCCGGCCCCGCCGCCGCCGCCGCCGCCGCCGCGGGCAGGAAGGGAGGCCCGCGCUGCCCGCCCUGCGCCCCGGCCCCGCCGCCGCCGCCCGCGCCCGCGCCGCCCGCCCUCAACAACAACUUGGAGAGCCCCAACUGGCAGUCCUUCCACCCGACCCUGCGCGAGAGGAACGCGCUCAUGUUCAACAACGAGCUCAUGGCCGACGUCCACUUCGUCGUGGGGCCGCUGGGGGCGGCCAGGAGGGUGCCCGCCCACAAGUACGUGCUGGCCGUGGGCAGUUCCGUCUUCUAUGCCAUGUUUUAUGGGGACCUUGCAGAAGUCAAGUCGGAGAUUCACAUACCAGACGUGGAGCCGGCAGCUUUUCUCAUCUUGUUAAAGUACAUGUACAGUGACGAAAUCGAUCUGGAAGCCGAUACGGUGCUGGCCACUCUUUAUGCUGCCAAGAAGUACAUCGUUCCUGCCCUUGCCAAAGCCUGUGUCAACUUUCUGGAGACAAGUCUGGAAGCAAAAAAUGCCUGUGUCCUGCUCUCCCAGAGCCGGCUGUUUGAGGAGCCCGAGCUGACCCAGCGCUGUUGGGAGGUCAUCGAUGCACAGGCUGAGAUGGCGCUGCGGUCUGAAGGUUUCUGUGAGAUUGACCGGCAGACACUGGAAAUCAUUGUGACACGGGAGGCCCUCAACACCAAGGAGGCGGUGGUCUUCGAGGCCGUCCUGAACUGGGCCGAGGCGGAGUGCAAGAGGCAAGGCCUGCCAGUCACCCCACGGAACAAGAGGCACGUUUUGGGACGAGCCCUCUACCUAGUCCGAAUUCCCACCAUGACCCUGGAAGAAUUUGCCAACGGCGCAGCCCAGUCAGACAUCCUAACACUAGAGGAGACCCACAACAUCUUUCUCUGGUACACAGCUGCCAAGAAGCCCCCCCUGGAGUUCCCCCUGACCAAGAGGAAGGGCCUCGCCCCACAGAGGUGCCACCGAUUCCAGUCCUCCGCCUACCGCAGCAACCAGUGGCGGUACCGGGGGCGGUGCGACAGCAUCCAGUUUGCGGUAGACAGGAGGGUGUUUGUUGCUGGGCUGGGGCUAUACGGGUCGAGCUCUGGGAAAGCUGAGUACAGCGUGAAAAUCGAACUGAAGCGGCUAGGGGUCGUCCUGGCACAGAAUCUGACUAAGUUUGUCUCCGAUGGCUCUAGUAACACCUUCCCUGUCUGGUUUGAGCACCCGGUCCAGGUCGAGCAGGACACUUUCUACACCGUGAGCGCAGUCCUGGACGGCAGUGAGCUCAGCUACUUUGGGCAGGAAGGGAUGACGGAGGUGCAGUGUGGGAAGGUGACCUUCCAGUUCCAGUGCUCCUCUGACAGCACCAAUGGGACCGGGGUCCAGGGCGGGCAGAUCCCGGAGCUCAUCUUCUACGCCUGAGACACCAGGGCUGCCAGUGGGCGUGGUGCACUGCGAAUGGGCACGCAGAAGGUGGUGCUGCUUGCCCCUUUUCUCCAGCACGUUGCCCAAGUAAGUGUGGCAUAAGUGUGGGUGCUUGGCGCCUGGUGCACACUUACUCCUGAGCUGGCAGGCUCGCGGACCCUAAUGGCUUCACUUACUUCCUAUCUCUUUUGUACCUAGACAGCUGUAGCCGUGAACUGUGAAAUAGAAAGCUUUUCCAUACGGCCAGAGCCUUGUGUUGCUGAGUCUGUGGCUGAGUCUCUGUGGGCCUCACAGGUGUCUGUUGUACAGUGGGGUGUGCGUCUCAGGCAGAGGGCAGCCUUUGGGGUACAAGGCAGGCCCUGUUCCCCUCCCAGUAGCACCCACAUAACCUGCUCCAAGGGAUUUGCCAUCCUCCCACCCUGCUGGAUUUUAAAUAGUAUCUUCAGACUGUUGUCCAAAACGGUGGGGGAGUCGGUUAAAGCUGUCCGUCUAUUUAAGCGGGUUUUCAUAAUAAAGUUCUAAUAAAACAAUA